AUGGCUGCUGGAGGAGGAUGCGGGGAGACGGUGGAGCAGUGCCGGGCGGAGGUGGAGCGUUUGACCCGUGAGCUGGCGGAGGCGAACCGGGAGAAGAUUCGGGCUGCGGAGUGCGGUCUGGUGGUUCUGGAGGAGAACCAGACCCUGAAGCAGCAAUAUUCGGAUCUAGAGGCCGAGCAAGAGGCGCUCCGACAGGAGCUGGAGCAGCUACAAGAGGUAUCAACCACUUAAAACACACUAUUAAAUAACACCCAAAGUUAACCAUAAACAUUGGCCCAUGUGAUAUAAGUUAAGUGCUUGCUGGAAAUGUAUUCGUAAACAUGCAUUUAUUAGUUAGCCUCCAAAUCCAACUUCCUUCAGCCCCCAGGCGGGUGGGCUACAUCCCCUCCAAGGGAUGGGUGAUGUCAGCGAGAUUUGGGCAGGCCCCCCCGCCUCAUCCCCAGAAGUUGGCACCAGUCAGACACCCCACAGCGGGUCUGAGUCUGUCAGAGAUACACAGGCCUCAGCAGAGAACUGGGAGGGGACGGCGAGGGCUUUGUUGUCCGAGCAGGGAGUAGCGUAG